GUCAACCCUGGAGUAGAGACAGUCGUGAACGGGGAUCACUCUUAAACGAGGAGGAUUACCAGGAAUUCCCAUAAGGCUUUGGAACACUUGCAGGUACAAUCAGAAGUUGCAGCAAUAUGGCCUACAAAGCAACAUCCUUGCCCUGUGUCUUAAGGUGCUUGUGCUUCAUGCUUCUUCAUUGGCUUAACGCAGCACAAGAUGAAGACCUGAGAAGUUGUAGGACUGCACCAGGCGAUUUAGUAUUUAUUGUAGACGGUUCUUGGAGUGUAGAAGAUGUCAACUUUGAAAUAGUAAAGCGGUGGCUUGUCAAUAUAACCAAAAACUUCAACAUUGGGCACAAGUUUACCCAAGUGGGUGUUGUCCAAUACACCGAUGAUCCUGUUUUAGAAAUACCUCUGGGGAAGUAUUCCAACACUAAGGACCUCAUCAGAGAGAUUGAAUCCAUCGAGUACAUGGGAGGAAACACGAGGACGGGCACGGCCAUUGAGUUUGCCACAGACAAAUUGUUUGGCCUCUCUGAACGCAGCCCGAUGGGCAUAUCUAGAAUUGCAGUUGUCCUCACCGAUGGGAAGUCUCAGGAUGCGGUUCAGAAGGCAGCAGAGGCCGCGAGGAGAAAAGGAGUCAUUUUGUUUGCAAUUGGUGUGGGCUCAGAGACAGAGGAGGCCCAGUUAAGAGCCAUUGCAAACAAGCCUUUUUCAACAUACGUCUUCUCUGUAGAAGACUACAAAGGUAUUUCCAGGAUCAUACAGAUCAUACGACAGAAACUGUGCGAAGAGACCGUUUGUCCGGCAAGAAUAUCUAUUGAUUCCCGAGAUGAGAAAGGAUUUGAUAUCCUACUCCAUCUAAAUUUAGCCAAAAAAGCCAAGAGGACAAAAGGAACAUAUCAUGGCACUAAAGCCUAUGAGGUGACACAUGGUAUUGACUUGAGUGAAACCACAAGGACACUUUUCCCUGAUGGUCUCCCUCCAUCCUAUGUAUUUGUCGCCACCCUGAGAUACAAGGGAUCAGUGGCAUUGGACGAGUGGGACUUGUGGAGGAUUCAAACCCGUGACGGGAGACCUCAAAUGGCAGUCACUGUAAAUGGACUUGAUCGUACUGUCAAGUUCACCACAACCAGUGCAUCACAAAGCGGAACGCAAACUGUUACAUUUUCACCACACACAGCUAUGAAAGUUUUUGAUGAGAAAUGGCAUCAACUGCGACUGCUGGUCACUGAGGAAGAUGUCACUCUGUAUGUUGACGACCUGGAAAUUGAAACACUAUCCUUGGAGCCUCCUGUCGGCAUUUUCAUCAAUGGAAAAACUCAAGUCGGAAAAUAUGUCCGUAAAGAAACAACGGCACCGUUUGAACUCCAAAAGCUGCGCAUCUACUGUGACCCUGAGCAGAACAACCGCGAGACUGCAUGCGAAGUACCGGGAGUGUGUUCCAACAGUCCGGAUUAUGCCGAGCCAACUGAAGAACCUUGCGUUUGUCCUCCGGGACCUCCAGGGCUUCCAGGAAUGAAGGGUGAACAGGGGAAUGAAGGCAAAUCGGGUCAGCCUGGACGUGUUGGUGCUGAUGGUAAGCCUGGGGUGCCUGGCACUAGAGGAAGUCCAGGGUUUUCAGGUCCACCAGGACUAAAGGGCCAACGUGGAGCAGAUGGCUUGAAAGGGGAACAAGGGAGGCCGGGUGUUUCGGGCGAUAGGGGUGUUCCGGGAUUAUCAGGACAGCCUGGGCAACUUGGAGAGAAGGGCCCAGUUGGUUUACCAGGACGAGCAGGGAUGCCGGGUGAAGAUGGAAAAAUGGGACAGAAAGGGAGUAUGGGACCUCCCGGGCCUUUAGGCUAUAGAGGAGAAACUGGCCAACCUGGCAGAGAUGGAAAGGAUGGACCUCCUGGGCAACUUGGUCAAAAGGGAGAAACUGGGGCCAGUGGUAUCCCUGGUGCUGAUGGAAGGGCCGGGCGUCCAGGUAUACCCGGUUCAUCAGGGAUGGCAGGUUUAAUCGGACUAAAAGGAGAGGCGGGAUUUCCUGGAUCAAGAGGCCCCCAAGGAUCAGACGGACCACCAGGGGAGAUGGGCCCACCCGGUUCGCCUGGCUUGAAUGGGCAAAUGGGCCCAAAGGGGAUUAAGGGUGAACAUGGAAGUCCGGGUAAACAAGGGACACCAGGUUCUAUGGGCACGCCAGGAGAGCCAGGACAAGCGGGUCAGCCAGGGCACCAAGGUGUGCCCGGCCUGAUGGGAAGCAAGGGAGAAAGGGGUAAUGCAGGUGAAAGAGGAGAAAUGGGAAUAAAAGGAGAAAAAGGGGAACAUGGCAAACCCGGGAACCAUGGAUCGCCGGGUCUGGAGGGCCAAAAGGGGGAGAAAGGGACAACAGGGGAUUUGGGACAGAGAGGUCAAGAAGGUCAAAUGGGACGGCCUGGACAGCCAGGUCAGACAGGUCAGCUGGGACCUCGAGGGCCUCAGGGGGAUACGGGUCCUCCUGGCCAACCUGGACCUGCGGGAAGAUCUGCCAGUGCAAUUUCCGACAUGCACAUUCGUCAAGUUUGCAGAGAAAUUCUUCAGGCUGAACUACCUUCUAUGUUGCUGAGCCACCAAUCAAGCAGCUGUGACACCUGCCACAGCCGUCCCGGAUUACCCGGCGCUCCAGGUGAUUCAGGACCUCCAGGCAUCAACGGACUUCCUGGCCUAAGUGGAGUCCGAGGACAGCCAGGCUACCCAGGUCGUCAAGGGCAUCCCGGUCAUAACGGGCUAAAAGGUGAACCUGGUCCUAAGGGUGGAAUUGGAAGCCCAGGACGAACCAUGAAUGGCGAUCAAGGACCACCUGGACCUCCAGGUCCUCCCGGUCCUAACGGCUAUGGCAAACCGGGUACCCCAGGUAAGCCUGGUCCACCUGGUCAAAACGGGGUGCAGGGUAAAAGCGGUAAUGCCGGCCUUCCUGGCCAGCCUGGGGUGUGUGAUCCUUCCUUUUGCUACGGCAGCAUGAUGAGGAGGGCCCACUACAGCAAAGGACCAAACUAUUGACACUAGCUGUGUGACACAAACCAAAGCAUUCUCAGGAAAAUAUCAUCCUUAAAGUAACAAAUGGACCUCUUUAGAGUAAAAUCCCAUCACAUGUUUAUUUUGGACAAUCAAAGUUAAUGCUUUUAAGAUGUUGGUGCCUUUAAACGUCUAACAUGUUUGCUGGCUGAUCUCAUAUUGCCCCCUGGUGACAGAUUGCUAUAUGUAAGUUGACCGCUUAUGAUGAAGAUCAGUGGUCCGCAAACUGUUUUUAAUUCCACCUAAGACAUAUUCAAAAUGUGUAUUUCUGUACAAAAGCACUCUAAAUGCGCCUUAAGCUAUAAUAACUGGCAUUAUUUUGUGUUCUGAAAGCAUUCAGUCUGACUGAACUUUUCUGUAGAAUCACCACAAUUGACAAAUAUGCUCCAUUUAGGAGUAUAAGGGUAUUAUUCACGAGAUUGUAGGCUGGCAUUAUGUCUCUUAGUGAAUUAUAUUCCUCAGGCCCUUCAUUACUGUAGCACGUAUUUGUUUCUUAUUUAUAAUUCUGAGUCUGAGUCAUAUAUGUGGAUUUUUUUUUCCAGCA